UGCCAUUUCCUUCUCCCAAGGACCUUCCCAACCCAGGGAUAAGUGAAAUGAAUAACAGCAGUGAAACAAAGGAUAGGAGGGAGAAAUUAGAAUUAUUUUGUUAUUAUGAGGUAUACUACAUAUGAAGUGGAGUAGUGUUAUUUGAAAGUGCAUUUGGACUGUUGCAUAUUAAAAACUCUAAUAAAACCAAUAAAAAAAUCAAAAUAUGAACUAUAGCUGAUGGACUAGGAAAGGAGACAAAGUGGAAUCCUAUAAAAUGCUCAUUUAAAACCACAAGAGAGACAUGAGUAGUAGCUGCAGCAUUGGAAAAAUGGUGGAGGAAGAGCCAAGAAGAAAAAUCCCUUUGGUUGCAGAGAAUCUCCUGAAAAAGAAGAAGGCUUAUCAGGCCCUCAAAGCCACCCAGGCAAAACAGGCACUUUUGCAAAGGAAAGAGCAGAGAAAAGGAUAAGAGAUCAAGUUUAAGUGACUAGAAUGGUUCAUGCAUGAUUCCUGGUGGCAACUACAGGACAGGGUACAACUCAGAUGGCUAAAAGUGAAAGCUUGUGGCUUGAAAGUGCCAGACAAACAUUCCUUGGCCUUUGUUGUACAUAUUGAAAGGAUUAAUGGGGUGAGUUCACUGGUGCAGAGGACAAUUGCAAGACUUUGCCUGAAUAAGAUUUUUGGUGGUGUCUUUAUGAAAGUGACCCCUCAAAGCAUGAAGACGCUUUGUAUUGUGGAACCUUAUGUGACCUGGGGAUUUCCCAAUCUCAAGUCUGUUCAGGAACUCAUCUUGAAACAUGGACAAGCCAAGGUCAAGAACAAGGUCAUCCCUGUGACAGACAACACAGUGAUUGAGAAGCACCUGGGGAAGUUUGAUGUCAUUUGCUUAGAAGACCUCAUUCAUGAAAUUGCCUUCCCAGGGAAGAAUUUCCAUGUGAUUGCAGGGUUACUGCACCCUUUCCAACUCUCAGUGGCCUGUCACACUAUGAAGAAUAGAGUGGGCUAUAUCAAGGAAGUAAGCUCACCUGGCUAUUGAGGUGAACACAUCAAUCAGCUCGUCUGGCAACUGAACUAAACCCCGUGUACCUGAAAACACAGUGCACUGGAAGUGUGUGUUUUUGUUUUAUGAAAUUUUCACUCAGUAUCUUCAAGGAAGAUUGUUUUCUGCUAGAAUAUAUCUUCAGAAACUGGAGGCAAAGAGUCAGAGAAAACAUAGUGAUGUUCACAACAGACACUUUUGAUCCCACCUCAGUUCCAAGGAAAAAUUCCUGUGUGUUUUCUCUGAUAACCACUGUCCACCUCUGAAACCAGCAAAGGGCUCGUGCCAUGAAGAAGGAAGUCCUGUUUUAUCACAUCCAUCCUGGGCUUUACUGUUGGUGAAUGAACACCUACCUGUGAAUACAAGAGAGCAGUGGACCAAGCCUAGGAGCAUAUUGAACCUGGGAUUUCCUGGGGCCUUGUUUUUGGAAAAAACUUGAAAUUAGAAUUAAAUUAAGCUAGAACUUGAAAUUAAAAUUAGAAGCACA